GUUUAUAGCAGAAGCAACAAAUACAAUACUCCUUUGAGCGGAGCGGCGAAGAGCAUUCAACCAUGGCUGAUCAAAGGGUGCUCUCCACAAGAGAGGCCGACAUUCAGCUCAUGCUGGCGGCCGAGGUUCAUCUCGGAACCAAAAAUUGCGAUUUCCAGAUGGAGCGCUACGCCUUUAAGCGCCGCAACGAUGGAAUUUACAUCAUCAAUCUUGGGAAGACAUGGGAGAAGCUGCAGAUGGCUGCCCGAGUCAUUGUUGGAAUUGAGAAUCCCCAGGACAUCAUUGUUCAAUCUGCUAGACCUUAUGGUCAGAGAGCCGUUCUGAAAUUUGCUCAGUACACUGGUGCUAAUGCUAUUGCUGGGCGUCACACACCUGGAACCUUCACCAAUCAGCUCCAGACUACUUUCAGCGAGCCAAGGCUCCUGAUUCUGACUGACCCAAGAACUGACCACCAGCCUAUCAAAGAAGCUGCUUUGUACAAUAUCCCCACAAUUGCUUUCUGUGAUACUGACUCGCCUAUGCGAUAUGUGGAUAUUGGAAUUCCUGCCAAUAACAAGGGAAAACACAGCAUUGGCUGUCUGUUCUGGCUUCUGGCCAGGAUGGUGCUUCAGAUGCGUGGUGUCAUUGCUCCUGGUCACAAAUGGGAUAUUAUGGUGGAUCUGUUCUUCUAUAGGGAGCCUGAGGAGGCUAAGGAAGAGGAACAGGAGGAAGCUCCAGCUCUUGAUUAUGCUGAUUACGGUGCUGCUGCUAUUGGAGGCGACUGGUCUACUGCUCAAAUCCCAGAGGCUCAAUGGGCUCCCGACUUGGCUGGUGCAGCUGCACCAGUUGCCGAUGGUUGGGCAGCUGCUGAAACAGGUCCCGAUGGAUGGGAUGCAGCUGUGGCCCCUCCGGCUGAUGCUGCAACAACUGUAGUUCCACCGGCAGCUGCUCCGGUGGACAUUGCCCCGACUGGCUGGGAAUGAAACCUUUCUUAAAUAUAUUAUUUUAGUUCUGAAGUUAUACGUAUAAUUGUCAUCUGGCAGUCUUGAGUUUUUGUAGAAUGUUUUAAAAGCAGUUGUUUUAAGUACUAUUGUUUAUUGA